AUGUCAUUGGGGGCCAGUAGGGCCCGAGGGGCCGGUAGGGCUAGAGAGGCAGGUGGGGCCAGAGGCAGAGGUAGGGCUCCACCUGUGGAUGAUUUCCUUGAGGAGGAGGUGGUGUUGGAGGAGUCGGUGCCAGCUGCAGUAGAUGAUGGUCUACGAUUGGCCAGGCUGGCUCAGGGUAUCAUUAGGUUAGGAGCGCCUUCCUUUCUUGGAGGUACGGACUUCCUUGUAGCAGAUCACUGGAUAGAGGGCAUGGAGACAUACUUUACCCUUAUCACGUGUACGGAGAUUGAGAAGAUGCGUAUUGCUACGUUUCUUCUCAAGGAUGAGGCAAGGCUCUUUCGGGAGAAGUAUUUUCCUGAUACUGUGAGGGAGCAGUUGGAGCUUGAGUUCAUAACUCUAGUGCAGGGCUUGAUGAGUGUCAGGGACUAUGAGGCACGUUUUUCUCAGCUGUAUCGAUUCGCGAGAGAGAUGGAUGCAGUGGCCUUGUCACGGAAGUUUAUUCGGGGUUUGAGGCAUAAGCUCCGGAAUGUUGUGAGUUCACAUCGUUUUGCUACUCUAGCAGAAGUGGUAGAGAGUGCCCUUGCAGUUGAGCAAGAGGAGGCCAUGCAUGAGGCUGAGGGACUAAGAGAUGUGCAUGGGAAGGGGAAGGCCGUUGCAGGAGGCAGUGGCGUUGAGGGUCAUCAUGGUGCGUCUGGGAAGAGGCAGCGGACCGAUCAGCAGGCUCUAGCUACGGUGCCAGCUGCACCUAUCCGACAGGUAGAGCCCUUGAGAUGCUACCGUUGCGAUGGGUUAGGACAUAUUGCUAGGGAGUGUCACAAGCGGAAGACUCAGGCUUGCUAUAGUUGUGGGCAGGUGGGGCACUUGGCUAGGGAGUGUACUCGACCUCAAGAGGACAGACAGGGGUUCCAGCAGAGGCAGUUGCCUCCGACCCAGUAG